GAGGGAUCCAAUAUCGAUUUUACUCUCGAAGCCGGUUCUACGCGAAAUUACAGAUGUUACCGAUAGAUGGUGUAAAUAUUCGGAGUGACGUCAUGAGAAGUUGUCUUAUUGGAUUUGGUGGUAGGGACCGUCGAUUUUCACACAAAUUUGCCGUGUAAAUAGUAUCCACUGGUUAUUUUAUAAAAGUACAGGUGUACUGUGAACCCUAGUGUUUCGAAAUUUGAAACCAACAUGUAUUUUGUAGCGGAGGAAUUAAACGACACUUUAGUUAAUAACGAUUUUUUAGCUCACAAUUGCUCCCGCCUUUCACUUGACGGUUGUGUAAUCACUCUGACGGUGUCUAGCAAACAAAUUACCCAAUAAGUGUCGUAUAAGGGAGGAAGUUGUGGUGCUGAUAACAGCCGGCAGGAAACACAAAUAAUGGCAACAAGUUCUCAGGAAAAUGGUGGUGUGGAUCAAAGCAUUCCACAGUGGAAGCGGGAGCUUAUCUUGCGACGACGAACUCUUGCACGGACUUUGCCUGCAGGUAACACUUCAGUGAAGCUCACCUGCCCGAGUGUUGUGACCGCGGUGAGACAUCCCGAGCUGGCAGCAGCUGGAGAAAACGUCAGUGAUAAACCGCAACGUUGCAUUUCGUCUGCAAUAGCCUCGAACAAGGGAGUACUGGACCAAACCCAAGAGGACUUUCACCUCAGAGGGCGCAUUAACGACUCAUCCACUGCUAGUACAGUCUCAGCUUCAGUAGUUGGGAACAUGCGGCUAGUAGAGCAUCGAGUUGAAGGGGGAAGUGAUUUUGUGAUUAAUGGCGUCGGCUUGGACAUAGCAGUUGAACAGAAUUCCGUUAAAUAUCGUUCCAGAAUGGGGGAAGAAAAAUAUUUGAAGAAAUUUAGUGCUUCAAGUACUACUGUGGACAACUGUGUAGCUAACAUGACCAAAAACCGCUUUAUUAUGAGUGAAAACAAUAAUUGUCAACAUUCCAUUGAUGAGACUUGUGAAUCUGAUUCAAGUGAAGAAUUGCAGUAUGGACCAGGUAUUGUCAGCAGAUUGAAAUGUAAGUAUAUGAGUAUGACAUUGAGAGAGAAUCAAAAUAAGGGGGUUAGGCCUUUGCUAUCAAAUAUGAGGCGAGCCACAAGCUUGGAAAACAUGUUGGAUAAUGAUUCAGAUGCAGGAAAACCACAGAUAACCCAACACAAAUUUACCAAGAGGACGGAUGCCACAAUCAACACAAGUAAAGCAGAACAUAAAUUAGAACACCAACAAAGAUAUCGGCCUACAAGUCGCAGGAAUGAUUCUUUGAAACGUGCUAGAUCAGUUGAAACACUUCUGCGUUAUGUCCCCAAGUCUCAUGCUACUACAGGACAUAGUAUUACAAGUGAUUUGCCAGUUUGUGAUCAUGUAGUCAAGUCGGAAUUCAGGGAUUAUAAUAAGAAUAACACCAAAUUACUGAAGGCACUAGGAAAUGAAGAAAUAGUCAUUGUUGAAAAUAAAAUGAAGGUUGAGUGUACUAAGAAGACUGUUAGUGAAGAAAAGGUGCCAGUGUUCCAGCAGAAAAAGCGAACAGUUAGUAUUCCUGAAGAGACAGAGUUGCCUCCACCAGAUGUUGUCAAACAAACCUUGAAGAUAUUUGAAGGAACACCUUCAAAGAAGUCAUCACGAUUGACCAGAGUAUCAGGUGUGUCACUGAAGUCAUCUUCAUAUAAAUAUGGUGGCAUACCUUUGUCAAAAGUCAACAGUAGUGUGAAUGAAGUUAAAGGCUCCUCAAAUGCUAAACCACUGUUAUCACCAAAGCCAGUUUUAAGCCCAGAAAAGAAUAUUCCAAACUCCCAAUCUCCAAGGAAGGUACCACUCACACCAUUUCCUUCUGAUGUUCAGCACAGCACACCUACACCAGCCUUGAGUAGCAGGAUUCAUACACUAGGUAGCUUGUCUUCACCUUCAUUGCUGCCUUCAGUCAGUUCAACAGAAACUACCAGAUUAAAAUCCCCAUCACCUACAGAAAGUGGUAGGAAAAUAACUGGUAUACCUGCUUCACAGGUUGAUGAUCAUACACCGGUGACAAAUGGAAAAAUUACAGCACAAGAUUUGGCUGUUGAAGAAUAUAGUAGUACUAGUGAUGACAAUGAUGGUGAUGAUGAUGGUUCUGCUGACACUGUAGAUGGUAGUACAAAAACUGUCUCCAACUCUGCAUUGAACAACAUCAGAAAAGAUGGAAUGUCAAUGGAGUUUAUAUUUGGAAAUAGUUCUGCAAGCACCAAACCAAAGUCAUAUCUUCCAGGAGCAAAAAGUUAUUUGCCAACUGGAAAGACUUCAGUAACAUCAAAGGAUUUAACUAGGAACCAAAAGGUCACUUCACCUGUUCUUCAGAGACAGGAUUUUGAAACUACGUCAAAAUCGACAUCACUUCCACCAGUUGUAAAAUCCCCAGACUCACCACAAACGCAGAUCAAACAAGUUGGUGUCAUACGUCCAAUUGUUAACAACGCUCACCCAACUUCACCACCUCCUUCACUCACAGAUGUUGAAAUUGAAAAGAACUUUAUUAAUCGUACAAAAUCAAUCGAACAACCAACCAGUAAAGUUGUAGUUUCACUGAAACCGGCAAAUGAAGUUGUAGGCAAAGUGUCAAUGGAGCCCGCGAGGGCACAUACAGAUGAUAGUGUAAAAAUUGUGAGAGACUCUGCAACACUUACGGGUACUAGUGAUUCCAAAUCUUCAGGACUGUGGGAUAACAAACCUUGGAAUCAACCACAGAACACAAUGGUUUUCAACUUCAGUGGUCGAAAGGGUCCAGUACCAUCAUACAUUGAAAAUGAUGGUCUGAUUCUCAGCAGCAGAAGAAAUAAAUCAAUGCCUGCUGAUACAAGAAAAAUCAACUUAGAUGGAACCUCGGACGAGUCUUCGACUGAUAUCGACACAGAGGAUUGCUCUGUUGGGUUUGGAGGGCCACCAUCUCCUUGCAACGUGCUCUUCGAGGGCGAUAAUAUUCUUAUUAACGGCAAAUCUAACCUGCUCAAGCAACCCAAGCAACACAAGCUGCGAAUUAGAUUCAACGAUGCAGCCACGACAAUGUUCGAGUACCCGUCAGAGGCUUCUGUUCUGAACGAGGUGUCGCCGUCUGCAACAGCUGCUCUGCCUCUUCUCCCCACGUCGUCUCCAAGCGGACCCACUCCGGGCGUUCCCGCGCCUUUGGGUGGCAGUAGCUUGGCUAGCUACACCCCCAGCAAGGUUCACCUUGGUAGUGAAGACUUCCAGUUGGGGGUGACAAGAGCUCUGCCAUUGCAACCCCCACGCACCACAGACAUGUCUGAGUCUUCUGGAGCUAAACAGAACGCUGAGGAGGAGGAUUACUUAAAACCAGCUGAGGACAGUGAGACCGUGACCUGGAGUUCAGAAACAGCAUCUGACUUGUUGUUUUGAGCAGCAUCCUGAAGCAAGGAUCGGCACCAUUUAGUCUGAAUGGAGGAAGUUGACUACAAGUUCCUGAUACUGCAUUAACAAGUACAGGCCUGACACCUAAUCCUCGCCUCAUAUGACCCGAAUGAUACUGCCAGCAGCAACAGCUUUGGAAAUUGACUUUCAGUAGCUAUCUUCCAUUGCAAUUUUGGCAAAUCAACAGUGUCAAUUAUAUAUAAUAUCGGACUGUCCACAUUUACAAAGAAUUUGUGUGAAUUUUAUUAUGUAUUCUUCCACUUACAAGGUUAUUUUAGGAUCAGAGUUUACAAGGAAUAUCAGAUGAAAUUCAGUAUACAUUUUAUGAAGUGUGUGUGUGUGUGAUGUAUUUAUUGAUUUAGUAGUAAUGAUUCUCCUUCCAUUUUGAUAUCUAGCAUGAGUAUAUAUCUUCUAUUUUUAUGGUUAUUAAGUCAUUAAUUUGUAAGAACAAGUGUAACACCAGUAAUAUUUAGUUGUCAUGUUAUGCUAAAUUAAUCAGGUGUUAUAUUCAUGAAAAUAUUACAUUCUUUAAUAUAUGAUAUUUUAAACUUUUGUCCUUGAAAGGAGUCAUAUCAGAUUUAAAUUGUGGUUGUAUGUUUAAGAAGAUGAUUACCCUUUUACAGGAAUCCAUGUUUCAGUUAUAUUUAGAUCUGGCUUCAAGCAAGGAACAUCUGAAAGUACUUAGGCUUCAGUAAUUUUGUGUGGUUUUCAUUCCAUUUGUUUGUUUAUGUCUGUGUUUAAUGACCUAUAAUUCUUGUACAUUUCCAUUACUUUAGUAUUUAUCAAGUUUCCACAUACUUUAAGGUUGCAAUUGUAUUGUAGAAAUUAUUUUUUUUUAUUAUAAUUUGGCUCUUAACAUGUUUAAUAAUAUUGUGAGAAAGUUCUAUCAAAUAUUUGUUGUGGUGAUGGUGAUACAUUACAGCACUACCACACUUAAAAAUAUAAUGUGAUUAACAUUUAAUGAUGUUACACAUGGUAUCUGACCAGUAUAUUCUAAUUGCAGAUAAGAAUGGGAAAUUUAAUUUAGCCAUGUGCAUGUAUUAAAGUGGCUUGAAAAUUUCUGUCAGUAUAAAAACUGUAACAUGACUGUAAUGGAAUUUCUCAAACUGUUUGAAAUGUGUAAUAAUAGAAUUGUCAGUAGUUUGUCUUUGACUUUGAAUAACAAUUCUGCCUAGAUACAUUGAAGACUCAUUCUCGUGGUGUUUUUAUAUGUACUGUUCUUAUCUGGGACUGAAAUUACUUUUCAUGCACCUAAUAGCUUAUGGAACAUCUUUUGAAAAUUCUGAAGAUAGUUUGUUGGUUUCUUCUUUUAAAAUGUUCACUUUGUAUUACAAAGUACAUAGGCACAAUAUCAUAAUAUCAAUAUGAUUCUGUAAUGGGUAAUAAAAACUUAACAGUCCUUUACUAUAUCCUGGCUUAAGUGCCCAAAAGCACCUCAAUCUAGGAUUUGCACUCCUGGUCAAAGUGCCCAUAGAAAUCUGUGAAGUUUUCAAACAUUUCCUGCCAUUUGUUGGGUGACAACUUUUUGAUGCCAAUACAGUUGAAUAUGUUGGUUCUUUUGUUACAAAGGAAUGAAGAAUCAUCUUUUUGUGGAACUAUAUACUGUAGGGUGAAAGCAGGGGACUUAAUUUUUCAUAAUUGGGUUGGGAAAGGGUUAAAAGAAGGUUCAGUGAUGUUUGUCUGGGCUUUGGCGCCAUAUGGACUGGUUGGUAGAUUCUGACCAUUCCGCACUGCAUCAAAGCCCAGAAGAACAUUGUCAUUAUUGUCACUGCCAUGAAAAUCGCAAUUCUCACAUAAGGUGUGUCUUGUGGAGAAUUUCAUCAUCUAGUUGUUAUCAUUGAGGUUUAUUCUUGGGAUAUAAAAGCAGGAAAUUGUGUUCCCAUUUUCCAUAUUCAUAUCAAUGAAAUUACAUGGACAUUGUAAUGGUUCUGAACAAGUAAACAGUACAAUAUUGAACAGGAGACUAACAAACAUAAAAUAACUUGGUAACUCGAUAUACAGCAUUUCUGUUUGAUCGGUUGUUGUUAUACAGAUGAAUGUCCUCAAAUAUUGCUCUACCAUGGCUGCAGAUAUUUUGUAAUCCUUUAAUUACAGGGAACAAAUUCCUCUCUCUCUCUCUCUAAAAAAAUGUGUAUUUGCAACUAAAGGUUUAAAAAAUGUGCCUGUUAGUUUUACCAUGCUUAUCUCCCCAUAUGUACUGGGGUCCUUUCCCAGGGGUAAAGCGCAGCUGGGGUGUGAUGCUGACCAUUUACCUCCAUCUAGUGCCGAGGUUAAGAAUGGGUAGGAGCUAUACCUCCUCUCCCCCAUGCGCCUACAUGGCAUGUAACAGGACAGCUUUACUUUUUUUAUCUGCCCAUAUGUAUCAACAAGUAAAGAACCAAUGAAUGGAUUUUGAUUAAAUUUGAUAUUCAGGAAGUGUGCCAAAAUUUAUGAACACAUUACAAUUUUGAUUAAGAUUAGACAAUAAUAAUGGGUUUGUGAUGCUGUGUGAACUUGUAGGUAAGUACUAACUUUUCAAAUUCCUUCAUCUUCAGGGUAUCCACCCCUACAAGUGCACAUAGUGUUACAACCCAGAAGACCAACACUGACAUCUUCAGUGCCCUCAAAUCUCUUACGUGAUAGAACUCUGGGUGAAAUACGAUUAUGUCAGAAUUCUUUACGUUUUGUGGCUUUAAUUUACUGUAACAGUUACAUUGCUUUAUUAUUCUGUCAAACAAGAAGAGGAGACUCACUCGUACUCUAAUGGGUUAGUGUAACAGAUUGCUAAAGUUAAAUCAUAUUAAUAUAUGCAAAUAUUUUCACAGGAAAUGGUUACACAUUUUAUGGAUAUAUUUUUAAUUUAAAGAGUUAAAUGUAUCCUCAACAUUUUUGCCCAUAUUUUCUUCAAUUCCCAUGAAAAUUGUGACUGACAAAAUUGAUGGUUGUAGUGCCAUGUGGUCUGGUAGAAGUUUACCAACGUUUCAGAGAUCCUUGCUGCCUCCAUCAUCAUUGAUGAAUACCAGACCAUACCAGAAGACAAUCAUCAUUGCACUCACCACCACGAUAACCUCAAAUCCUACUUGUGACUGACAAGUUUCUAUCAUUGUCUGAACAGUAUUGUAAAAUAAAUUGCAACACUCUUGUCUGUUUUAGGAAGAAAAAUACAAAAUUUAAUGGUCACAGCCAGUCAUCAUAGCUUUUGCCAUUGUUCUAUGAAGUGUACAUAUGCCUUUGAAUUCAUUGUUUGUUGCAUUUUACCCUAAUCUGAAGUUUUACUGUGGUGAAAAUGUUGAUUGUGUGGUCUUCUGAAUUGUGACACCAUAUAUGUCUUCUACACUGAACUGAAUAUGGAGACAAUACAUUCCAAAUGUUGGUAACCACCUAUAAGACUGCAUGAUAUCACAUUCCACUUCAUUCUAAUCUGUUUGAAUGUGCUACUUGACCAUGUUUCCAACCUCAUAGUUGUAGCAGGUAAGCUGGUAUUCAGUACACAAGAUAUUUCAAGCAAUUAAGAAAUGUGGUGUUCUCUUUAUAUAUAAAUUCUGGUGAUUAGUUUUGGAGUUGGUAUUUUGCAACUUUUAAGUCACAAACAAACACUGUUGUUAAGUUAUUCUGUUUAACAUCUUUAAUAUUGACAGCUCAACUGCCAUUUAUUUAAUACAUUCAGGAAUAAAGAUAAAUACAUUUGUCAUAUUGUAUAUGUAAAAACAUUCAUACUUUUGUUAUAAAUUACAAUUAUCAUAUCCAACAUAAAGAAUGAGUGGGUUUAAAACAACAAUCUAGUUUACAUAUCUACGAUAUAAAAUCUGGCUAAAUUUAAGCAGAUUAUGUAUAUAAGUAGUAUAUGACUUCUCUUGUAAGUAAUGAGGUUUAUUGUUGAUCAUCCCCUCCCUGCCAAUCUUCAAAGAUCAAAAAUGUGUCUGAUAGCUGCACGUGCCUCAGUGAGUAAUGUUUAUUAGUUUGGGCCCAGACUUAUUGCUCAUAAAUCUUUUCGUUUCUAUAUGUGUUUUCUAGACUAUAAAUUCCUUCAUUACAUCAGUAUUUUUGUGUGUAAUAUUAAUGUGUACGUAUGUUUAAUUGUAGAAUAUGACAUCUUAGUCUUGAAUUUAAUGUUGCUGUAUAAUAAAUUAAAUGGGAUAUCUGUAAUGUGCCAAUUGUAAGAAUUAAGUUAAAAAUAUG